AUGGCAGCUUUCAUUGCAGUAAUUGUAAUAACUUUGUUCAUCGCUUUUUUCCUUUCAAAAUUUCUGUUUAAGGAUCAGACCAAAAACCUGCCAGGAGGGUCUUUAGGGUUUCCCUUAAUCGGAGAGACGUUCAGCUUUCUUCAAGCACAGAAACAAGAUCAAGGACCCGAAUGGCUCGAAGAGAGAACAUCAAAGCAUGGACCAAUGUUCAAAACCUCCUUGAUGGGUUCCCCCACUGUGGUGGUUGUUGGUCAAGCGGGUAACAAGUUCGUCCUUGGUGCUGAGGAUGAUGUCCUUGCCGCCAAGCAACCUGUCACCCUGGUAGCCAUUUCUGGAAAGCAAAAUAUAUUUGAACUUACAGGCUCAAGAUUUACAGUCUGA